GCCAUCUCACGGCGCUCGAUCGCUAGCACAAAUUUGGAGUGGGAAGAACGGCACCGUACUUUGUUAUUACAUACCAUUUCUCGAUCGAAACGUCUGUUAACGACCUCAGAAGUUGUGUGUUUACAUAUGGCAUACACAUUUAUUGUAAUAUCGCCAAGUGUUAUUAGUUUUUGGAAGUUUCUCGAAAUAACAAGAAAUCACAAGUGCGCAUAUAUAUUUUUCAUGUUUCAAUAAUAGUGGAUAAAACAUUAAUUUAUUGCAGCUAAUUAUUGUAACAAAACAUACAGUUGCUUAGAAUUUGUAGUAUAUCUCAUUAUACAGAAUAUCUAAGAUAAAAGUAGUAUCAUGUUUCUUAAACUAUUGUUAAGCAGCAGUUUAACAAUCAUCGUCGCUGCGGUUUUUUUAACCGACGAUCAAAUAAUUAAAAUAUCUCAAGCAGAGAUAAACAGGCACUCGAAUUAUAUAUUACCGUAUCGUUAUGAUAUCAUCGUUACACAUAUCGAAGAAAAUAUUCUUGUCUGCCACUGCAUUAUACGGACAGAGAUUAUACAUCCAACAUCAAGCAUAUUAUUAUAUUUACACGUAAAAAAUAUUAGUCUAACUGUGGUUUAUUAUCCAAAUUAUUAUUCUAACAAUGAUAUUGAAGAAAAGAACAUUUAUGCAUCGAUAAAAUCUAUGUAUGAUGUUAAGAAAAACAUUGUAAAAUAUAUAUUUGCUGAUUAUCUAUGGCCAGGAUAUUACAUCAUAAAAUUAGUUUAUAAUAUAACUGAAGAUACAGGCCUAAAAACCUUUUAUAAAAGAGAUGGGCGACAAUGGUUGGCAACGUAUGUUGAUUGUAUUGGAAUCCAACACAUGAUUCCGUCUUUGCCCGAACCUUUAAGUGCCAUCUUUCAGAAGCCCAUGUAUGAAAUUAUUGUCGAAGAUUAUGAAAAUUAUACAGUUUUUUCAAAUGAACCGAUACAAAAAAUAGAAAGGAAUGAUAAAAACAUGACACUUAUUCAUACGCUUGUAAAACCUAUUUAUCUACUAUUUCUGACUAACCGAAAUAAUUUAUCCCGUAUGCCUGGUACAAAUAAAAGUGUCAGAGUUAAUAUGUGGUGUAGAAUGCAUUGCGAAUUUGCACACCAAUUUGCUGAACAUAUAACAUCGUACUUGUUCGAUAAAUGGAAACGUUUGAAUAAAACUUGGGAAAUAAAUCAUAUUGCACUUCCAGAUUUUCGAAACGAAAGCAUCAUAAAUCUAGGCCUUAUUCUUUACGGAGAAGCAGAUAUUAUCUACAACGACAAUGUAGAUUUUGUUGCGACUAAAAUCAAAGUUGCUUAUUUCAUAGCCCAUAAAAUAAUACAGGAAUGUUUUUAUUAUGAAAAUCCACUUUGGCCGUUAUCGUCUUUGUUAAAUGAGGCUAUUGUCGCAUUUUUUGGAUUAUAUGUCACCAAUCAGACUCUCCCAAGUACCCGGAUCAUGGACUUGUUUGUGAUACAAAGUCAACAAGAAUCCCUUCAUUUCGAUACUGAAUAUAAUACAUCACUUUAUAAUACAUUAUUCAACAUUUCUUUUGAACAUUACAGUUACAUUAAAGUUUACAGUGUAUUGCGUAUAUUACAAGAAAUGAUUACUGAAGAGAUAUUUUGGCAAAGUAUCCGUAUAUAUGUAAAGGACAACAAUUCAACUUUUAACUAUUUUGGUGAAAUUAUGAAGAAUCUUUCGUACACUCAAAUAUCUACAGACAAUUUAUAUAUUAUAAGGCAACUAAUUAACUCUACAAUACAACGAAAUUAUUAUCCUGUAGUGAACGUAGUAAAAAUGAAAAUAAAUAUAAAUUUAAAUGAGAUGAUGAUGAUGUUGGAUGAUUACAUAUCGUAUGAUAUGGUAUUGGGUGACUUUAUAGUAUUUAAUCUAAAUCAAACUGGAUAUUAUCGAGUCAAUUACGAUAUCGAGAACUGGCGAAGACUUGUAAGUUAUCUAAAUUCUGAAAAUUAUAGGAAAAUACAUGUUUUGAAUCGUGCCCGAAUUAUCGAUGAUGCUUUUCACUUAAUGAUAACAAAUCAACUUAAUUCCACUGUAUUCUGGAGUAUUACGAAAUAUCUAUCACGAGAAACAGACUACGUGGCAUGGUAUCCUAUGUUCAAAGCUUUAGAAUAUCUGUCCAAUAUCUUUCUAUUUCAGGAAAAAAUAUAUUCUAAUAUCAAGGAGAAAAUGCUAUACUUACUAAACAACUUGCUUAUUAAACUUAAAUACGAUGAAGUUUCUAAUGAAUACGAUCUUACAAAGAGUUUAAGAAUGGAGGCUGCGAAAUGGGCAUGUAAUCUUAAUAGUGAAACAUGCAUAAAAAAUGCCCGACUUAAUUUAAAUCGACAUCUCGAAGAUCCGGAAAAUAACACGCUUUUGCCAUGGUGGAAAGAAUGGACAUAUUGUCAAGGUUUAAAAAUAUUGUACUAUCCUCUUAGCUAUGAAAGUAUGGAGGAUUCUCCUUGGUGGAAAGUAUAUCGUCUGGGAAAAGAAAAAUUUAAAACUAAAUUUUUAAAAUAUCUGUCUUGCCCUGAGGAUUCAAUAUUUAUCAUACCCUAUUUAAACCUAAUAAAAAAUGAUAGUACAACAUCGAUUAUGUUUUUCAAAGAUUUUUCCGAUAAAGAUUAUAUUAAUUAUUUUCUUUUUACUAUCGCGAAGCACGCGAGGAAUCCUGUGGUACUCGACUUCAUAUUAGAAGAACUUGAGAACAUAAGACCCAGACAAAUCAGCGAGUAUGCAACAUUUAUUGUAAUUAUUAAUCAUGUGUAUUCCACAAAUGAACUCCAAAAGAUAAGCAACUUGCUAAGAGAUAAAUUUGUUAAUGUAACGCAAGCUGAAUUAAAUGAAUGUAAAGAGUUACGGUUUUUUGUGAAAGAAAGAAUUACGAAAGUAAAGACAAGCAACUUGACACAAUCAGCAGAUUAUUUCGGAUUUAUACAGCAAAAUACUUCAAAUAUUGAAAGCAAGAUACAAAUGCAAUAUAUUUUAAAUAUUGAAAGCAAGAUACAAAUGCGCUUUUUCGAAAUCAAAAGUCAACAGAAUUACUUUCAAAAUUUUGUGAAAUAUCCAGAGGGGGGGUUUUUUCAAAAAAGUAACGCUUCAAAAAAGUUGGUACCGUUUUGGUUAUGCUUAGUUUUUGGUUAUACAUCGACAUGCGAGUAACUCGUUACCGUUACCAUUACUAAGAAAGCAACGAUUCGUUAUUUCUUCU